AUUGCUUUAAUUGGACAGCUACAGAGAAGUUGUACAACAUUUGCUCUAAGUAAUUUGCGUUGCAAAUACUGUCAAUUGAUAGCGUACGGUUUAUUAAGGUUUACUUUGAUAAACUAACUUUACCUACAGUAAGUUUGAGUAUUUAUUGUAGGUUUAUUUAACAUUUCUCAUCUUUAAGUCUACGGAAAUUAAACUAUCAUGUUGUUUACCGUACUCGGACUCAUCGCUCUCUUCCUCGGAGAGAGAAACGCCAACGCCACUGUUGGUGUUGAAGUUCAAGAAGAGGACCAACAUGAUGUACCACCCUUGAGGAGCAGUGACGGUCAAGAAAUAGAUGCCUGCUGUAAAGAACCAUUACUGGUAGAGCCUGUCAGUGUUCACAGUGAAGAGCCAUCACUGGUUGAGCCUGACAGUGUUCACAGUGAGCAACCAUCACUGGUAGAGCCUGUCAGCGUUCACAAUGAAGAACCAUCACUGGUAGAGCCUGUCAGCGUUCACAGUGAAGAACCAUCACUGGUAGAGUCUGUUAGUGUUCACAGUGAGCAACCAUCACUGGUAGAGUCUGUUAGUGUUCACAGUGAGCAACCAUCACUGGUAGAGCCUGACAGUGUUCACAGUGAGCAACCAUCACUGGUAGAGCCUGACAGUGUUCGCAGUGAGCAACCAUCACUGGUUGAGCCUGACAGUGUUCACAGUGAGCAAACAUCACUGGUAGAGCCUGACAGUGUUCACAGUGAAGAACCAUCACUGGUAGAGCCUGUCAGCGUUCACAGUGAGCAACCAUCACUGGUAGAGCCUGUCAGCGUUCACAGUGAGCAACCAUCACUGGUAGAGCCUGUCAGUGAUGAUCCUUCAUUUGAUUUCUCUGAUGAGCCCGGCUCCCACGCCGUUGAAGAUGCAACCUGUCAGACAGAGGACAAAGAGACACAAAUCAUUGAGAUCAAUUCACAAGGCUAUGAAAUUGGCGCUGAGCUGGAUAAAGGAGGCUGUGGAACCGUUUACGAAGGGUCCCGAUUAGAAGAUGGCCUUCAGGUGGCAGUAAAAGUGUCCAAUUUUAAGAAGAAGCAAUUGAUCAGUGUUGAUGGGUUUGAUGAACCACUUCCACUGGAGAUUGCUCUGCACUUUCUGGCCAAUAAAGGCCCCAAGGUCAAGGAAAUUAUCGAGCUUCUGGACUGGAAGGUUGAGGCUGAUCACUACUUUAUGGUGCUAGAGCGGCCCAUACCCUGCGUGAGCUUGUUCGAUUUCCUAAGUAAGCACAGAGGCAUCCUUCCAGAGGACAAGUUGCGGAAAAUCAUGCUCCAGACAAUAAUUGCUGCCCAAACAUGCUGCCAGCGUGGAGUUCUUCACCGCGAUAUUAAGCUGGAGAACUUGCUGAUUAACCCGGACACCCUUGAGGUCAAACUGAUUGACUUCGGAUGUGGUGACCUCCUUACUGAGGACAUUUACAAAGAAUUUAAAGGCACCAAAGAGUUCGCCCCUCCUGAGUUUUGGAGGAUUGGCAGAUACCGUGGGAAACCAGCGACAGUCUGGUCACUUGGAGUUGUUCUGUUUGUGCUGAUUUUCUGCAGAUAUCCAGGAAAAGCAGACCUUCCCAAAGUGAAUAACAAACACAUACCGAUUAAUGGCUUGUCGAAAGAAUGCUGCGAUUUCUUCCACGGCUGUCUGCAGCUGAACCAAAUGGAUCGACUUGACCUGCAAAAGCUCAAUUCCCAUGAGUGGUUUAAAGAAUUGAAUACAUUUUGACAUCAGCCAUCUUACACUGUCAUAAGCCGGGUUUCCAUCCUAAUGUGAUGUUAAUUAGGUGCAUUUCCAUCAAGCUGUUAGAGCAGCUGACUGUAAUAUUGGUAACCUAGUAACUAAUACUAAGCAAGACAAGUAUAAUGGAGUCAUGUUUGUGUAAUGUUCACUAUGUUAGUUUAUUCAGCAAAUGUGUCUCCAUCUCCCGUUUUCAGCAUUAGUUUUUUGCACCACCCCAAGUGAGCAUUAACAGUAUUUAUUUUUUUGCAAAUUAAUUGAUAUUUAAAACUGAUUUCUAUUACUCAUUUUAACACCGGCUGAUGGAAACCAAGCUAUAUCUUAUGUUCUUUCAUUUAUACUUAUUGUAUAUAUUGCUUUUCUUUUUACUACAUGUUGUAGUCCUAUAGCUGAAAGCCGUUAAAUUCAAAAAGAAUAAGAAAGAAAUUUUGUGUAAAAAAGAAAAAAAAAUGGAAAAAGCACUUAACAGUUUAGACCUUUAUAUAUUGUACCUUCCUGCACUUUAUUAUCAGCUUUUACACUAACUUUUGCAAUUCCACAUGCUAAAAAAAUAAAAUAAAAAUGUAUAUCUCAGUCGUUCCCAGUCCAGGUCCACAUAUUUUGGGUGUCUCUCUCUAAGAAAUGUAAUUUGAGCCAGAGGAGAGAGACUCCUGACCAAAGACUACUGGGAUCAACUGAUAUAUAUACAGGGUUUCCAAUGAACAUUAUCACUCACCAGCCAAUUUGAAAAAAACUGGAAAAACAAUUAAUAAAAUAAAACAAUAAAAAAGU